UUACGGCUUGCUGUAAGGAACCCCAGCGAGACACAAGCAAAGGCAUGAGGAAAGAUAUAUAAGGGGGUUUAGAGUAGGGAAAUUAUCUACGGAAGAUUGCCGUGAUAUUAUGGCAGCCUUGAAACCACGGUACAGUAACGGCUAACCCUUCUGGGUUUGUUUUCCCUUGACUUUUCCCUCUCAAGAUGCCGAAAGAACGGGCUGGAAAACUGAUCUGCCCCAUUUGUUCUGAUCGAUCGUACCUUGGAAAUUGCCCGACCAGGCGACUGAAAAAACCUCGGGCCAUAGCAGACCAAGUUCUUCGAGCAUCGGGAGUGGAUCAAAAACUAGCAUGGCUGUUGCCGUUGCGGCUCCGUAGCGGUAGCCGAAGAACUCACAAUGGCAGGAUCUUUUCUCAAACUUGCUUGCGAGACGAGUCGUGGGUAGAAAGCUUCCCACUUCUCCAGACACCACUGGAUGGAAGUCCACUACGGUACAGAGAAGGGAAGUUAUCACUCGCGCCCACAAAAGCAUGACCAUUCAACAACAGAACAAAGAAAGCAGAAACAUGGAGAGGAAGGGAAAGAUUGGUGCGAGUUGUGGAAAGUGUCAAGAUCGUUUGACGUUGAAAAAGGGUGACUGGUGGCACCUCAAGAGGAAAGCUGGACUUCCUUCGGCUUCGGUGCCACUUGAUUUGUGCACUCAGGACUACUGGAAACUAUCAAGAGGGGAAAGAAAGAGGUACGUACAAGUAAGAACAAAGGAUGACUUGGGUUCGGUGCAAGACAAGUACCGGGCUUGCUGCAACGACGAAUGGUGGGGUGGACGGGGCUCCAGCAUUGCGGUUCUCUGCGGGGGUGGUUUGCUUGACUUGCCUAACGGUGGUUCGAUCCAAGCCUGCGACAAAGAUUCUGUCGAAGGCAUUGUUCGAUCGCUGGCACAAUCGACAUAGAUGACAUGGGAAGCAACGACAAUGAAGCAGCCAAGGAGUUGCUGUUGUCUUGCAGUGCCUGUGUAAUACCGGGUGGCCAUGAUGUACCGCAAGCAGCAUCCUUGGGUGAAAAUGGAAAGGCCACAUUGGCUGCUUUUUUAGAAGAACAAGGAAAAGGAAUCGUUGGGAUAUGUGGUGGUGCGUGGUUGCUUGGCCAUGGCGACGGGCGACUUAACCACAACUAUUGCUGGUUCCCUUGUCGUUUUGACCCAAACUUUGGCGACAACGGCCUGAUGGGCAUGGUUGAUGUUCAUGCAACCAAGGAAGCAGUAGGGCUGUUUGGUGAUGGUGUGGAAGGAUCUGCAUACUUCGAUGAAUCCCCCAGUAUGAGCCUUAUCGGCGCGCCACCCGAUGCCAAAGUUCUGGUCCGCUACGGGCCAAAUCUACACCCGAGCUCCUUUAGCAGUGCUGCCGCUCUCCAGGAAAUGGGAGAACAGAAGACGAAGGGGUCCCUGGCGGGCACUGCCGCAGUCGUUGCUGGGCAUUCACGGUCUUUUGCGUCGCUUCCGCGCGUUGUCUUGAUUGGGCCGCAUUGGGAAGUGACACCGGGAGAAACCAAACGUAAUGUAGUCACACGGGCAGUUGCAUGGGCUUCUGGUCGAGAUGUGGAUGGCGCGCAUAACUAGCUAGAACAAUUCAGUUUUUUCG